AUGAACAAUACGCCUACAAAUUUUAAUUUAUCUCAUGCUACGAAAUGUUCCAGGUAUUUCGAGGCUGUAUAUGCUAAAGCAUCGACUAAAAAGCAUAAAAAAUGGGAAGGGGAUGGUUUUGUAGAGGUCGAAGGUCGUAUCAUGAAGCUUAUCAAUGAGGAUUUGAAAGUAAUAGCAUCUGCUUCUGGUCAUAAAUUAGCAUUUUUAAAUGAAAUUGAUAUUGGUUCGGUUGUUCAUAUUGGGCCUUAUGAAGCAGAGCUUAUUUCACUGAUAGAGAAGCCACAGUUAGUUAAUCUUUCCUCAAAAUCAAAUGAUGGUACUGAGGCGUUACAUGCACCGGCGAAAAUUUCGACAAGAAAACCAAGCACAAAUCCCAGUUUCUCACCAAAGACGAAUUCCAAAUCAAAACUGAAUGAGUCCUGGGGUUCUUCAAACCAUCUGGUUAUGCCCAAGCCUCCUGCUAAUUGCAUUUGGUCUCAGAAUCCCGACAACCUUCCUAUUGUGGAUAAAAUAGAAUCCUCCCGUCCAAGAAUUUUACCUGGGACACUAUUAUCCAAAACGACCAAGCAAAGACUUACUCUUGGGGAACACUCAUAUCCUUACUAUGGAAUCAAUUAUAUUGAUGGGACUUUGUGUGAUCUAAAUCAGGAGCAUCGUACAGCAACUGUUAUGUAUAUAUGCCAUGAAAGUGUCACUGGACAGAUCGUUGAUGUAUCUGAAAUCCGAACAUGUCAGUAUCAAGUGGUUUUUGCCACGAAGUUUCUAUGUUCAAACCCUCUGUAUAAGCAAAAGCGUGCCCAUACCAAUCCAAUUUCAUGUCACUCAAAAAACAGUUCACCAAGUAAACCGUCGGCAUUAGUUGCUUUGGAGGCAGAACGGAGAAAGUUUCAGUCUCGUAGCUUUACUGACCUAGCUGCCCUUCUUAGCAAUGCUUUUAAAUCGAAGGUUAAGAUCAGUGCAAAAAAUGGUAAAGAUGUGCUUUUUUAUCAAGUAAAUCCGGCUGAAGAUCCUGAUGAUGAAAGCACUUCUCAGGUCGAUAAUACAAAAACUAAUGUCAAUGAUGAUGCUAAAAAUAGUCACGAUAGUUCAAGUUUUUCUGAAUUAGAUGUUGUAAAUCAAGUGUCGUCUAGCUUGAAAGCACCAUCAUCAACAUCAUCUAAGAUUAACCCAUCUAUAAUGAAAUCUGUCAAUGAUAAUCAGGUUAUGGAAUUUCUUCAAGGCAAACUUUGUUUAACUGGUAAUUUAGGUUGGUGGACAUAUGAAAUAUGCUUCAACAAGUUUAUAAGACAAUAUCACCUGGAUGCAAAUACAAAACAACUUCAAGAAAUUCGUCUUGGCCAUUGGGAUUUAGACGCACAUUUAAAAUGGUUUGAAGAGAAUAAUGCUAAAAAACAAAAAUCUUCCGGUAGUUCUAAUAGACAAAUUUCACUAUACUAUGGUCAAGGUGAUUUGUGUACAGAAACUAACAAACUUCGAGAAGUUGUGGUUAAAAUGAAAUGUUUACAUUCAACAAGUAAAGAUAUUUACUUGUCAUUCUCUGAGCCUACAAAGUGUAUAUAUUCAAUGUCGGUUGAAAGUUCUAUGUUUUGUGAUUUGAUUCCAUUGGCUGAUGAGAAUGACAUUCUCCCGUUAGAUAAAGUUUAA